GCCAUUUUGUGGCGCUGCUCGGUCGGUGGCGCUGGGCUCGCGCGGGGAGCGGGGCCCGGGCGGCGAUUAGCUCCUUUCUAACCCUUUUCCCGUACAGAUUCCUCGGUGUGUAUUUCAGCACAGCAUGGCUAUGGUUAUCCAUUUGCACGGUCUUCUGAUUGUGGCGGGGGACCAUGGACAUUCACCACUUUUUGCCACUGAGGAAGAUGCAAGAUGUGUUUAUGGUGGGCACAGGGGAAUAAAAACAGCGGUGUUGAUAUUACAAAAUGACAAAACAUCCACCGAAUAGAAGAGGGAUCAACUUUGAGGUGGGAGCCCAGUUGGAAGCCCGUGACAGAUUAAAAAACUGGUAUCCAGCUCAUAUAGAAGAAAUUGACUAUGAAGAAGGAAAAGUGCUUAUCCAUUUCAAACGCUGGAACCACCGAUAUGAUGAAUGGUUUUGUUGGGACAGUCCUUAUCUGCGUCCCUUAGAGAAAAUACAGUUAAGGAAAGAGGGGUUACAUGAGGAAGACGGAUGUGGUGGAUUUCGUAUAAAUGAUCAGGUAUUGGCUUGCUGGUCUGAUUGUCGUUUUUAUCCAGCCAAAGUCACUUCUGUUAACAAGGAUGGUACUUACACUGUGAAAUUUUACGAUGGAGUAGUUCAGACUGUCAAAAAUAUUCACAUCAAAGCUUUUUCCAAAGAUCAGAAUAUUGUGGGUAAUGCUAGGCCUAAAGAAAAAGGUAAUGAAAUCCCUUCAUCUCCUGAAAAACGGGAGAAGUUUAAAGAACAGAGGAAAGCAACAGAGAAUGCUAAGAAGGACAAGGAUGAAAAGGUAUUAAAGACAGAAAAAAGAUCUAAACAACCUGAUAAAGAAGGAAAAAUAAUAGUCAUCUCAGAAAAAGGCAAGGUCUCUGAAAAAAAUAUACCUAAGAAUGGGAAAGAAGACAAAGAGAAUAUAUCAGAAAAUGAUAUGGAAUAUUCAGUAGAUACACAAAUUGAGAAGAAAUCUGAAAAUGACAAUGUGAAGAGUCUACCAGAAAACAUAAAGGAAACUAAAAGAAAACGUGGUAGACCACCUAUAACACCCCCAACAGAGCAAAGUUCUCAAACAUUGCAGCCAAUAACAUUGGAAUUAAGAAGGCGGAAAAUACCUAAAGGAGGGGAAGUUCCAUCAAAACGCAUCAGGGUUGAAAAAAACUUGUCUCAGGAAAAGUUGAAAAACUCUCCAGACAGCAAUGAAAGAGACCAAAUUAGGAGACGAUCAUCAAGGUUGUCAUCCAAUGGUAGUCCUGAGAUAAUAAAUACAGAUCUUGUUACAACAACUUUUGCUGAAAUUGGACCUUUGAAAGAUCCAGCAUCUAGUCCAAAGGAACCUGAGGAACUUCAGUUAGAAAUUCCUGUUGAGUCUGACCAAAACGCCAGUGAACAAGCACCUCAAGCUUCUGGCGAUGUAUCACAGACCACACCGCUUGAUGUGAACAUCAGUUUAAAGGAAGAAAAAUUUGAUGACCGUGAACUCUCCUUUACGUCUACUGAAACCCAAGAGCCUUCUAUUACAGUAACAAAAACUUUUAAGAGAACACAUGAUUUUAUUGCUUCAAAAGCUGCGACUGUUGACCAAGAUCACAAGUUUAGAUGCAAGCUCUUGGACUGUUCAAAAUCAUUCCGCAAAGCCAAGUUGCUACAUUAUCAUAUGAAAUAUUUUCAUGGAGUGGAGAAGGCACCAGAACCACAGCAGAGUCCAGUACAAAGAAAUAUUCAAACACGAGGUUUUUUGGCUUCUGAAAAAGCCAAACAAAGAAGUUUAAACAGAAGGCGGACUACCUCUGGUUCAUUGUCUGUUAAAGACAAAGAGAAGAAUAAAGAGAAGAAAUCCAAAGACUGUGUAAGGUCAAAGUCGAAGAAGAAAAAGAAAUUUAAGUCUGAAUACCCUGGCAGUGAAGAAAACAUUGACAUUUCCCAGGAGCUUUCCCCCCCAAAAUCAGUCAUCACCACAAGAUAUAAUUCUUCAAAUAGAUCUUAUCCCCACCUAAGUACACCGUUACAUGUCUCUGAUUCUGGGCACCAUAGAGACAGAGUGAAAGUAAAUGAGGAAGAUACCUUGAGUGAGUCAUCUACAGAUAGUUUGCUUUGGAGUGAUGAUGACUGCAGUCAGGACAUUGAUGUAACAACUAACCCCGAUGAGGAAUUCGAUGAAGAAGACAGUGACUUUGGGAUUGUUCGAUGCAUUUGUGAAGUGGAAGAAGAAAAUGACUUUAUGAUUCAGUGUGAAGAGUGUCUGUGCUGGCAGCAUGGAGUCUGUAUGGGUUUACUGGAAGAUAAUGUACCUGAGAAAUAUACCUGCUAUAUUUGCCAAGAUCCUCCAGGUCAGAGAUCCAGCUUAAAAUACUGGUAUGAGAAGGAGUGGUUAAGUAAUGGUCACAUGCAUGGCUUAGCAUUUCUGGAAGAAAAUUAUUCCCACCAAAAUGCCAAGAAGAUUGUAGCCACUCAUCAACUUCUUGGGGAUGUGCAGAAAGUGAUAGAAGUACUGCAUGGACUGCAGCUGAAGAUGAGCAUUUUACAAAAUAAAGAGCAUCCAGACUUAAAACUUUGGUGUCAUCCUUGGAAGCAUCUUACAGUGGAUGAAAAAAUUCAUACGAAACACAUCAUUCACAUUGAAGAAAGCUGCUGCAAAGAAGAGACCGUAAGUUAUAGAACUUUCAAUGGAACAGUUGAGAAACCUUCAACCAUUCCUUCUGUGGAGGAAUCCUAUAUUACCAGUGAACACUGUUACCAGAAACCUCGGGCCUACUACCCUGCUAUAGAGCAGAGGCUGGUUGUGGAAACCAGAGGUUCAGCCAUGGACGAUGGAGUGAACAGAAUAAGGGAGAAUGGAGAUGAUGCCCUGUCAGAGAGAUUUGGAUGGAAUCUGGACAGAGAAUUAUACAAGUUGGAGAAUGAGUCCAAGCAUAAUUAUUCUAAGGUAAGAGAAUGUGUAUCUAAGAAAAUCCCUUCAGAGGAAGCUAUUGAAAUGAAACUGCUGGAAAAAGACAAGGAAGGAGUUGUGAACUCUCAGCUGCAGUGGCAACUUAACCUUCUAGCCCACGUUGAAUCUCUACAAGAUGAAGUUACACACAGGAUGGAUUUCAUUGAGAAAGAACUGGAUGUUUUAGAGAGCUGGUUGGAUUACACAGGAGAGCUGGAGCCACCUGAACCACUAGCUAGACUUCCACAACUCAAACAUUGUAUAAAACAGCUUAUUACGGACCUAGGCAAGGUGCAACAAAUUGCUCUUUGCUGCUCAACAUGAGACUAGAGAGCUCUUGAAAU